UGGUCAGUGUGUGACAGUUUAGAGAGCAGAUCUGCAGCAGUUCCACCCCCAUCAUCUCCAUAUUAUUAGAGAGAGAGACGGAAGCUGAGCACACAGUCUGAAGAGGAGGAGAGAUAACGCACAUCACGGAGAGGCUCGUUUUUAUUUUCUGGAAAUACAGGCCUUUGUUGUACUACUUUCUUUGGAUAUAUACUAUAAUAUGCAUGAUUGCCUACAUGUUUUCUGGAUUUAUUUAGUCUGAUUCAAGCUUAGUCUUCGCGUUUUGGUCUUCUGCAAAAUGUCGGACAGAACAAUGGCGCGGCAAGUACUGCUGUUUAUUUGGUUUCUCUCUCUCAGUUCAGCUCACGGGCAGGUCAGUUACUCCAUUCCUGAGGAAAUGGCGAAAGGCUCUUUAGUCGGUAACAUAGCGCAGGAUUUGGGUUUAGAUUUAAAGAGACUGAAAUCGGGUAAAGCCCGUAUUUAUACCGGAGACAGCGCUGAAUACAUCGAGCUGAAUAAAGAAAGAGGAGUCCUCCUUAUCAAAGAGAGAAUAGACCGAGAGGCGCUAUGCGGACAGACAACGCCUUGCGCACUACAUCUACAGAUUAUUCUGGAGAACCCGAUGGAACUGUUUAGAGUAACUGUUGAAAUUACAGACAUAAAUGAUAAUUUUCCUAAUUUUAAACGGGAUGAAAGACGAUUUGAGAUUAGCGAAUCAGCUGUAAUAGGGUCAAAAUUUAUGCUGGAGAAAGCAAUAGACGCAGAUAUUGGCGCAAAUGACUUGCAGAGUUAUUCUCUGCAACCUACCGAUCAUUUUAAUUUAAAACUUCAUGGUCAGAGCGAUGGGAGUAAAAAAGUGGAAAUGAUUCUACAAAAGCCUUUAGACCGUGAACAACAAGAGGACAUGUCUCUGGUAUUAACCGCAAUGGACGGUGGAGAUCCUCCUAAAUCAGGGACUGUUCAAAUACAUAUUACAGUGCUUGAUGUAAACGAUAAUGCUCCAGUUUUUACUAAGCCUAUUUAUAGAACAAUUAUUACCGAGAACUCACAGAGAGGCACUCCUGUCGUCACUGUAAGUGCUUCUGAUUCAGAUAAAGGGACGAAUGGAGAGGUGAGUUAUUUAGUUGCAAACAGUGAUGGGUUAUCUGAUAUUUUCCAAAUAGAUGAAAAUGGAUUGGUGACAUUAGUUGGAAAAAUCGACUAUGAAAUAUCUAAGCAUUACCAAAUUGAUAUAGAAGCAGUUGACAACGGAGGACUGUCUGACUCUAGCAAAAUAAUAGUCGACGUAAUUGAUGUAAAUGACAACGCACCGGUCAUCACAGUGAUGUCAACAUCUUUAACAAUAGCAGAGGAUUCGCUACAGAGUACUGUGAUUGCCAUAAUCAGUGUUAAUGAUCCGGAUUCAGAAAGUAAUGGACAGGUUCAGUGCAGUGUUAAUGAAAAUAUCCCUUUUACAAUCAAAUCAACUUCUAAUGGAUUUUAUAGCAUUGUGACAGAUGGUGAUUUAGAUCGGGAGAGAGAUUCUGAGUAUAAUAUCAGUGUGACGUGCGCUGAUGAGGGCGUGCCCUCUCUCUCCAGCAGCGUCACUCUCUCCUUACAGAUAUCAGAUGUGAAUGAUAACGCGCCUGUGUUUGACAAGAGCUCAUAUGAGGCCUCUGUUCAAGAAAACAACACACCGGGUCUUUCCAUAUUUACAGUCAGAGCCAGAGACGCAGAUUUUAACCAGAAUGCCCGUGUGUCUUACAUACUGGAGGACUCCUCUGUUAACGGAGUGCCCGUCUCCUCGUUGGUGUCCGUUAGUGCUGAUAGUGGAGUCAUACAUGCAGUGCGAUCUUUCGAUUACGAGCAGAUCAAAGAUUUCCCGUUCCGCGUAAAAGCGCAAGACGGAGGCUCCCCUUCUCUCAGCAGCAACGUGAGUGUGAAAAUCCUUAUUCAGGACCAGAAUGACAACGCGCCUCAGAUUCUGUAUCCGGUCCAGUCUGGUGCUUCUGUGGUGGCCGAAAUAGUGCCUCGUUCGGCAGAUGUGGGUUAUCUGGUCACUAAAGUGGUGGCUGUUGAUGUGGACUCUGGACAGAAUGCCUGGCUCUCAUAUAAACUGCAGAAAGCCACAGACAGGGCGCUGUUUGAAGUGGGCUUACAGAAUGGAGAAAUAAGAACUGUACGUCAAGUGACAGAUAAAGAUACUGUGAAACAAAGGCUCACUGUUGUAGUGGAGGACAACGGGCAGCCCUCUCGUUCAGCUACAGUCAAUGUGAACGUGGCGGUGGCGGACAGCUUCCCUGAAGUGCUCUCCGAGUUCACUGACUUUACGCACGACAAGGAAUACAACGACAACCUGACUUUUUAUCUCGUCUUGGCCUUGGCUGUAGUUUCCUUUCUCUUUAUCGUGUCUAUCAUAGCCAUACUGUCAGUAAAAUGCUACAGAUGGAGACGUGAGCGGAUGUAUUACAAAUCUGGCGCGAAUCUGCCGGUUAUUCCGUAUUAUCCGCCUCUUUACGCAGACGUAGGGGGCACCGGAACUUUACAGCACGUGUACAAUUAUGAGGUUUGCAGAACCACUGACUCCAGAAAGAGUGAUCUGAAAUACGUCAGACCUUGCAGUGAGAGCAUCAUUAGUCUGGACACCAGUGGAGCACAGACACUCCCGCAUGCGCAGAGAGACAAACUGACCAGUGAAGUGUUUGAUGAUCAGGUAUAA